AUUCAUCAUGGGUCGUGUUAGAACUAAGACGGUUAAACGUUGCUCCAGAGUUCUCAUCGAGAAAUACUACCCUCGUCUGACUUUGGACUUUGACACCAACAAACGUCUGAUCGAUGAGGUUGCCUCUGUUCCGUCUAAACGUUUGAGGAACAAGAUCUCUGGUUUUACGACUCACUUGAUGAAACGUAUCCAGAAAGGUCCCGUCCGUGGUAUCUCUUUCAAAUUGCAAGAGGAGGAACGUGAGAGGAAGGAUCAAUACGUUCCCGACGUCUCUGCCCUCGCUCCCAACCCCGACAUUCCCCUUGAAGUUGACCCGGAGACCAAGGACCUGCUUAAAUCUCUCGGCAUGGACUCCCUUCCCGUCACCGUCACCAACGUAUCUGCGUUUGUACCCCGGGAGAGGAAGACGAAGUAUGUUCCCGGAGCCGCUAGGACUUAGGUCAAUGGGGAUAUGCAUUGUAGGAUUGCGAUGGAUCACAUUUCAGCUACAUCGGUUGAUUGUCGCAAUCACGCUUUGUCUUUCACCGAUGGCUAGCACGACGUUGUUACCCCGAUGUAUCCUUGUGAGCUCGGCG